AUGGUCUUAUCUUUCUGAAUGUUAACUCCUUCCUCCCCGGACUGGACUGGACUGCUGUUCUGGUUCCUCGGUUCCUCGCUCCAACUCUCAGCCAUUUGUUCUUCAAACUCACUUGUGGGGAGGUCUGGAUGAAGAAAACAAGAAACCAUGAUCAAAGUCAUUUCCUGCUCUUAUCUCUGUCACUCUGGACCAAGAGAUCAAAUGACUUUUAAUGCCACUUGGAUAGAGGACAUAGGUGAGCAUUAGCCCCACCCUCUUCAUCUAGGAAAUUAUUGCUUUUGAAUUGAGAGGAAAGGAAAACUGUCCCAGUGAAAAAUCUAAGGGGAAAACCUGAUGAAUUUGGCACCAAAGGUGAAAUCGACAAGAAUUCUGCCAUUUUCUCCUUCUAAACCAAGCAACAGAAAAAAUGUUUCAGAGCCAGUCCGCCAUCAAACUCCACAUUGCCAGCAUCCUUACCUCUUCCCACCUGGAUCAGCCCCCAGACCGGCAGGGCAUGCUUUAUAAGAAAAAUAACCGCACCGCUUCCUAUCAGUGCUGCUGGUGUGAGCUCCGAGGAAAUCUUCUUCUCUUCCGGGAACAGCCUGGAGACAGGGCUCCUAGUCAACUCAUUGUGUUAGAAGGCUGCACAGUGGAGUUGCAGGAAUCCACCUCAGAGCUUCAUACUUUUAAAAUCUGCUACCCCGAUAACUUGCCUGACCAGUCUUAUAUGAUGGCAGCUGAGGAUCAAGAGACCAUGGAAGACUGGGUGCGAGCUCUGAGCACGGCGGGAUUCGAGUACUUCCGAGCAUUGGUUACCGAGUUAGAAGGCCAAUUUCACCGGUUGAAGAGCCAACAAUACUCUAAGGAAGAAGCAAGCUGCAAGGCAACAGACCUAUCCCUGUCGCUUCCGAAACUGGUAGAACAAAGAAGGUUCUUCAACAUGGAUUUUGCUUGCCUCCAUCAAGAAUUUGGGAAAGAUGUCAAAAGGGCUAGGAUAAAGUGGCAGGAGCGAAAGGGGAAGCAUGUCCCAGAAAUAGAGAAUUUGAUGCAUUUUAAAUAGGGCAAUCAGCAAUCCCCAAACAUUUGGCUGUGACCAAUAAAUUUGGAGGCACCUAAUUUCAGUUUCAGUGGGGUCGCUAUCGGUGAAAAAGAUAAUUCUUGUUUCAAAAUAUUGGUUCUUCUUUAAACGCUUUUAAUAAAUAUGUCUUUGGAAAAAGUUGA